UUUCCUAGCAGCUCCGUUCAGCUCCCGUCACCGAGAAGCUUGCGGUAGCUUUCAGGAAACAAGACGUUCCUUCCGGGAGAGAUUUCUGCUCCCUCCUCAGGGCGUUUCGGGGCUGUCUCCCACUUUAAAAAAAAGUAUUUCUCUGCGACUGACGUCUGGGGCCUUCUGACAGCCUGAGGCGUUGGGAGGUUUGGUCACCACCUGUCUCGGUACCCGGAGGGUGAGAGGUUAAGCGGGCCCUUGUGCUGCGCAUCGCUCUCCACGCCGUGGGUGUCCUGGGCGCCGGUAGGAGCAGGGCAGGCCGGCCCCCGUCCCGGGUCGCCCCCGGUCCCGGGUCGCCAUGUCGGCGUCCGCGCAGCAGCUGGUGGAGGAGCUGCAGAUCUUCGGCCUGGAGUGUGAGGAGGCUCUGAUCGAGAAAUUGGUAGAGCUUUGCAUUCUGUAUAGACAGACUGAGGAGGGAAUGGUAGGUGAGCUUGUAGCUUUCUGUACCAGCACAAAUAAAGCUCACCUCACCUCGGAGAUCCUGAACUCUUUUGAGCAUGAGUUUUUGAGCAAAAGAUUGUCUAAAGCCCAGCACAGUGCCUCUAAGGACAGUGGACAUGCAGGAGCUAGAGACAUUGUUUCUAUACAAGAGCUAAUUGAAGUAGAGGAAGAAGAAGAGACCCUCUUGAAUUCUUAUACCACACCCUCUAAGGGUUCUCAGAAGCGAGUUCUUGCCUCCCCAGAAACCCCCCUGACAAAAAGGAAUGUGUCUGCCCGUAGCCCCCACCAGCUUCUCUCACCAUCAAGUUUCUCUCCAAGUGCUACUCCCUCCCAGAAAUACAACGGGCGAAAUAACCGAGGAGAAGUGGUCACCUCCUUCGGCUCGGCACAGGGAGUGUCUUGGUCUGGGAGUGGAGCUGGAAACAUCAGCCUCAAGGUCUUGGGGUGUCCAGAAGCACUAACCUCCAGCUACAAAUCCAUGUUUCAGAAGCUUCCAGACAUUCGAGAAGUUUUGACCUGUAAGAUAGAAGAACUUGGCAGUGAACUCAAGGAACAUUAUAAGAUUGAGGCUUUUACUCCUCUACUAAUGCCAGCACAAGAGCCUGUCACUCUGCUGGGCCAGAUCGGCUGUGAUAGCAACGGGAAGCUGAACAACAAGUCAGUAAUUCUUGAGGGAGAUCGGGAACAUUCUUCAGGCGCUCAAAUUCCAGUGGACUUAUCUGAACUCAAAGAAUAUUCUCUGUUCCCUGGACAGGUUGUAAUUAUGGAAGGAAUCAACACCACUGGUAGAAAACUUGUGGCCACCAAACUCUACGAGGGUGUACCGCUUCCAUUUUAUCAGCCCACCGAAGAGGACAGAGAGUUUGAACAAAGCAUGGUCCUGGUGGCCUGCGGGCCAUACACCACGUCUGACAGCAUCACGUACGACCCCCUGCUUGACCUGCUUGCCAUCAUCAACCACGACCGGCCAGAUGUCUGCAUCCUGUUUGGUCCUUUCCUGGAUGCUAAGCACGAACAGGUGGAGAACUGUCUGCUGACAAGUCCAUUUGAAGACGUUUUCAAGCAAUGUCUGCGAACAGUUAUUGAAGGAACAAGAAGUUCUGGCUCUCACCUUGUCUUUGUCCCGUCGUUGAGAGACGUGCACCAUGAGCCUGUGUACCCACAGCCGCCUUUCAGCUACUCUGAUUUGUCUCAAGAGGACAGAAAGAGAGUGCUGUUUGUAUCUGAGCCCUGCAGCCUGUCCAUAAACGGAGUCAUCUUUGGCUUGACGUCCACGGAUCUACUGUUCCACAUGGGGGCCGAGGAGAUCAGUAGUUCUUCUGGAACUUCAGACAGAUUCAGCCGAAUAUUGAAGCACAUCCUGACCCAGAGAAGCUACUACCCACUCUACCCUCCCCAGGAAGAGAUGGCCAUUGACUACGAAAAUUUCUACACCUACGCACAGCUGCCUGUCACCCCCGACGUCUUGAUAAUCCCAUCAGAGCUGAGGUACUUUGUGAAGGAUGUCCUUGGCUGUGUCUGUGUGAAUCCCGGCCGCCUCACCAAAGGGCAGGUGGGAGGCACCUUUGGCCGACUCUACCUCAGAAGGUCGACGGCGGAUGAGGACAGGAGGCCAAGUCCAUGUGUGGCUGCCCAAGUGGUCAGAGUCUGAGGCUCUGCCCUUCAUCAACCCAGUCUUGAGGGGAGGAGGAGUCAGCAGUGAGGGCGGGGCUGCAGGCCAGGCCCAGCAGGGAGGGCUUGCCCCUGGGCCCUGGCUAAGGGAAGAAGCUCUUGCUUCCGAAUGGAGUACAGGAGUGAGCCAACUAUGGAUAUGGCAUGCUCCAAAAGGCAAGAAGCUUCGCGAUUUUCUACAAAUCAAACACACAAACAACUUUUGGAGAAAUAAAAA